AUGGCUGAUAAUAAGAUCGAAGAAGGCGACAAAGUUUCCUGGAGCUGGGGCGGCGCAAAUCCAGAUGGAACCGCUGCAGAAGUAAAGGCGGGUGAAGUCUCAGUUACUAGUCAUCGCGGAAAUGAAAUCAAGAAGACGGGGGAUGAGGAAAAUCCAGCAGUACACAUUGAGAGAAAUGGGAAUGACGUGGUGAAGUUGGCUAGUGAGUUGAACGUGAAGGAGAAGGUUGAAGAGAGUAAGGAGGGAGAGGAAACUAAGGAGGAAGAGAAAGCCAGUGAAUCAAAGGAGACUAAGGAGGAGACCAAUGCCGAGUCCAAGGAUGAAGAAAUGAAGGAUGAAACCAAUGGUGAAGUCAAGGCCGAGGAGAAAAAGGUCGAGGCCAAUGGUGAAUCGAAGGAUGAGGUCAAUGGUGAUUCCAAAGAUGAGACCAAUGGCGAAACAAAGAUCGAAGAAGAGAAGGCCGAGACCAAUGGUGAAUCUAAGGAUGAAGAGAUGAGAGAUGAAGUCAAUGUUACAGACGAAAAGGCUGAGUCCGAGGAGGAAAAUAAGAAGGAAGGGGACAUUGAGAUGAAGGAUGGUGAAGAUAAGGUUAAAGAAAAGACGACCGAAGAGAAGCCCGAGGAAAAGAAUGUCGAGGAGGACGAGAAGAAAGAUUCAAACAACAAAGAUAAACCAGAGAUUAAACCCAAGGCCGGCAACAAACGCAAGGCAGAUGAAUUGGACGAUGAAGCAGAGAGCUCAGAAGAGAACGGCACCAAAAAACAAAAGACCAACGCUACUUCUAAUGGCACUGCCAACGGUACUGAUUCAAAGAAGAAGCCUGGUAGACCAAAGGGUGCAUCCAAUGGAACACCUGCUAAAAGAGAAAAGAAACUUCCUGCUGUUGGUCAAGCUCAACGAAAGACAAGAAGUCAAGCACGCAAGGAAUCUGUUUAG